GGAAGAACAAAGAGCCGGCGACAUUCUCGCCGGAAAACGAAUCAGGGUUAGGUUUUCCGGUCCGAUGAUGAACGUUCAUCACCGGAGCGGAAAAAACAAGAAAAGCAGAGCGAUGAUGGCGAAGAAAAAGGAAGAGAGUUUGGGACGGCGAUUGGUGAAGUUCGAGGAGUUGCCGGAGUACCUGAAAGACAACGAAUUCAUCCUAGACCAUUACCGUUCAGAAUGGUCGGUGAAGGAAGCAUUGUGGAGCCUCUUCAUGUGGCACAACGAAACCCUAAACAUUUGGACCCAUUUGAUUGGGUUUCUGAUAUUUGGGGCGAUGACGGUGAUGAGCUUCACGGGCACGAUGGAGAACGAUGGUUUUCUCUGGAAUGUCUUCAGGGCACCCACGAUGAGGUUGCUUACCAACGGAAAGGAGAUCAACGGUUCUGAGUCUCACACCACUCCAUUCCUGAAUUCGUAUUUGAGGCACAUUUUCAUUCAUGAGAUGAGAGAAAGUGGUGCAGAAACAAUUCCUAGAUGGCCGUGGUUCGUUUUCUUAGCUGGAGGAAUGGGGUGUUUGGCUUUCAGUUCUCUUUCUCAUCUUAUGGCAUGUCACUCCAAACGCUUCAACGUGUUUUUUUGGCGUUUAGAUUAUGCAGGGAUUUCUCUUAUGAUAGUGUGUUCCUUCUAUGCUCCAAUUUACUACAUAUUUUUCUGCAAUCCUUACAUAAGGUUAUUCUAUUUGACGUCAAUAACUGUGGUUGGGGUGCUGGCUAUCAUUACCCUUCUUGCCCCCUCACUUUCUUUACCUCACUUACGACACUUGAGAGCAUCUGUAUUCCUCUCCAUGGGCUUUUCAGGUGUCAUUCCCGCAGGUCAUGCUCUUAUAAGCCAUUGGGGCUACCCUCAUGUUCUUGUUGCACUCGGAUAUGAGCUAGCAAUGGCCAUUCUAUAUGGCACAGGUGCUGUGUUUUACGUUACAAGAAUACCAGAACGCUGGAAGCCAGGAGCAUUCGAUAUUGCAGGGCACAGUCAUCAGAUAUUUCAUGUCUUUGUUAUUCUUGGGGCUCUUACACAUACAGCAGCCACCCUAGUCAUAAUGGAAUUUCGACAAGGAUCACCCACCUGCCCAAUUUAGUAGUCAUUAAUUACAUUUCUCAAAGCUUGCAAAUGCCAGUAGUCGUCAGCAUUAUUAU